AGACCUCAAAUUGAAAUCCUUGCAAAAAUCCCAAGCAGUUUACUCUUCUAUUUGGCUCAACACCCUGCCGCCAUCUUCCUCUGCAAAUACCUCUUUCUCUUCAGCGUCACAAUGGGAAAGAAGAGAAAACACACUGAAACAGAGGCUUUGGCCAACGGAAACAAAGAAGAAACUGCAAUAGAAAGGCCAAAGAGAACUCUAUUAGGUUUUAAAGAUGGUUGUACUGAAGAAGAAAAUAAAGAAACUUCAGUUGUUACUUUUAGAAAUAAAGAAAAAGUUUUGGUCACUUGUUCUCGCCGUAUUAGCUUCAGGUAUAGACAUUUAAUGUUGAACUUGGUGUCACUUUUGCCACACUGUAAGAAAGAUAACAAAGUGGAGUCUAAAGAUGCUAAAGGUGCAACCUUGAAUGAGCUUGUUGAGUUGAAGAGCUGUUCCUCUUGUUUGUUCUUUGAGUGCCGAAAGGGAAAAGAUCUCUAUCUAUGGAUGGCGAAAUGCCCCAAUGGUCCAUCUGUGAAGUUUUUAGUCAAUGCAGUGCACACGAUGGAAGAAUUAAAGCUUACUGGAAAUCACUUGAAGGGUUCACGUCCUAUUCUGACUUUCUCAAGCAAUUUCAAUAAAGAACCUCACUGGAAGCUUUUGAAAGAAAUGUUCAUGCAGAUUUUUGGAACCCCAAAGGAUCACCGGAAAUCUAAACCUUUCUAUGAUCAUGUAUUUGUGUUCUCAAUUCUAGAUGACCACGUAUGGUUCCGUAAUUACCAGAUAUCAUGUCCUCAUACUGGAACACAGAAAAUAGACCGCGGGGACCUAGAAAAGAUGACGCUUGUAGAGGUUGGCCCAAGGUUUUGCUUGAACCCAAUUAAGAUAUUUGCUGGUAGCUUUGGUGGCCCUACGCUUUAUGAGAACCCAUUUUACGUUGCACCAAACCAGAUCCGAUCACUAGAGAAGAAACAAAAGGCUGGCAAAUAUGCAAAGAAAGUCAAAGCGAAGACCAGGAGAAAAAUGCAUCAGUUGUCUAAUCCGCUGGAGGUAGAUGAAUUUGCAGAUAUGUGGAAGGAGUGAUAAAUUGUUGGCGCACUCGAGUACCCCAGGAGUUUGAAUGCUAAUGUGCCCCGCGAAUUUUGUAUUGCUAGAAAUAUCAUCCCUUUUGAACAUUUAAAGUAUGAACUAUCUCCUGAUUUCCAGCCUAGUUAGAAUGAAUGCUACGCAAAAUUGUUGUAAUGGCAGUGUAAGAAUGCCCCCUUUAUGAUGCUAACAGGGGCUAUAUGCCUUUGCUAUAUAUCUACUAGUCUCUCGUAUUGUACUUUUUCACAGGGUUUUAACCUAGUCUUUAAGUGAUGUAUGAGUUAGUCGCAUGUCGGAUAUUUGAACCUUGCUAUAGACAAAAGCUUGAUAUUUA